AUGUGAGAUACUUCUGGGCAAGACAGAUUUAAACCUAUUACAGCAAAUUACUUUAGAGGUGGCCAUGGAUUUUUAAUAUUUUUUAGUGUAAUUGAUAGAAAAUCGUUUGAAGCAGUUAAAUUUUGAAAAGAGCUCAUAGGGAGUCAUAGUGAUAUAGCUCAUGGAUUCAUUUUAGUGGGAAACAAAUGCGAUUUAGAAAAUGAAAGAGUGGUUUCUUAUGAUGAAGGAAAAAGUUUUGCAGAUAGUUUAGGAAUUCCUUAUAUUGAAGCAAGAAAUAAAAAAUGUGGAGUCGGCGAAAGAUGGAUCCCGAGACACAAUCCCUGUGGUGGAGGUGGACCAUCCCAAUGAAGCUGAAAAAAGUGCCCCUGUAGGCCUUAGGGUUUGGGGAUUCUUGCCGAGCAGGGGAGUUUUGUUUCUCAACCGAAGUUUUUCCCUGCCCCUGCUAAUGGGCUAGACAGGUUUUGCCAUCCACUUAGUCUAUGCUUAUCGAAACUAGCAGGGCAUCCACAAGAGGUGGCUCGAGCCUAGGGAGCUGGUCCUUAGUCUAUGUGGGUUUAUGUAGGCUAAUAGUCUAUCCGCUUAUGGUCUUAUAAUUUUAACUUUAAAUUUAUAUUGAAACAUCGUCGAAGUACGGGUAUAACAUUGGAAGAACCCUCGAAAUAUUAAUUUUUCAUAUUAUACCGUCUCUGAAUUCCAAAAAUGCGCAAAACAUAUUUAAUUGCAAUAAUAAUUAA